CGAAUUCUUAUGAAAUUCCAGGGUUUUCUCAAGGCACAUGGUAUCUCAAAGAUAGCGCAACGAUUUGUUGCAAGAUAGCAUGUGUGGUUUUCCUUGCAUGGUUCUUGUGCUAAAGCACCAAGAACACGCAAAAGGAUGGCAGCGGUUGUUGCCACGGCUGUGCUAAACCAAUCGCACGCUGUACGUUCGCUGUGUUGGGUGCUGUGAGGUGACUCGUGGUUAUGCAGCACCAAUCAAUGCACACCCCCCAGGCUCCUGCAGGUUCCUGCAUUCAGCUUGACAGACUCGCCUGAUCCUAGCUCAGAAAUCCCACCUCAGAUACGUCUCUCUCUCACGCUUCAUCGCCUGCCAGCCGGUGGCUCAAAAGUAGCCUCCUGUGCAGAACAGAAUACAAACGGUGGUGCGCCUCCUGUUUCCGUUUUUUCUACGGCUACGGCGCUAUGAAGCUGGUUUGGUGGUCUUGGCUUCUGGUCUUGGCUUCGUCUGAGAAUUCCUUGCGUGGCGAACGAAGGGACUUUCAUGAAUGCGGCGUGCUGGGUGGCCCUUUGCGCAAGGGCCGCCGCGCGCGGAUCGUCCACGGCCGAGCGGCCGAGCGCUGUGUAUAUCGCUGGCAGGUCAGCAUUCAGUCCUUGGUGGCAGGGCAUCCGUGGCACUUCUGUGGAGGUACUCUCAUUGCCCCUGACUGGGUCUUGACCGCAGCUCACUGUGCAGCAGAAAUCACCAACGUUUGCAACCUUCGGAACAUCCGAAUCGUCUCGAGCGACUGGAAGAAGAGUUCCAACGAAGCGGCCGUGACGCGAACUGUGAAGAAGGUCUACAGCAGCCCCACCUACAACGUCAUUUCGGAGUCGGACGGGGACUUCGCCCUGAUGCAGCUGGACCAGCCGAUGCCCAUUACCGACUGCAUCGGCACCGCUUGUUUGCCCAAGGACAGCAGCGGAGACCGGGCGGGUGCUGAGUGCAGCAUCACUGGUUGGGGCACACCCUCCUCGUCUGGACCCACGCCUGACACCUUGCAGGAAGCGCCAGUGACGCUUUUGAACAAGAGCAGCUGCGUGAACGCCUAUGCCAAGGAAAAUGACACUGUGACGGACAACAUGCUUUGCGCCAGUGGGCACACACCGGGCGGCAUCACCGACAGUUGCCAGGGUGAUAGUGGAGGACCAUUGAUUUGUCAGGAGGAUGGACGCUUCGUGGUUCGUGGGGUGACCUCCUGGGGCGAGGGCUGUGGCGUUGAGGGAUUCCCAGGGGUCUAUGCCCGAGUGUCGACGGCAUUGUCAUGGAUUCGGGAUGUCAUGGACGGCAAGGUGAAGCAAUCCGACUUUGACACCGACUCCGAUGUGGACUUUGGAGAUGCUAUGUGGGCUGUGGUAGCUGGAGACUGUGUCAUGGAUGCGCAGAAAUGCAUUUCAUCUCCACACUUCCCCCCAGAACUACACCUCCGCAGACUAUUGUCGCAUCGCAGUGAACCAUACGGCGGCACUGCCCAUCGAGGUGGAAGGUUUUGAGACAGAGUCCAACUAUGAUACCCUCACCGUGAAUUGUGAGGCCUUCUCAGGA